AUGUCUGGUUCCUCAAGUGUCACCGCUAUGAAGAAAGUGGUUCAACAGCUCCGGCUGGAGGCCGGGCUCAGCCGCGUGAAGGUUUCCCAGGCAGCUGCAGAUGUGAAACAAUUCUGUCCGCAGAAUGCCCAACAUGACCCCCUGCUAACUGGAGUAUCUUCAAGUACCAGUCCCUUCAGACCCCAGAAAGUUUGUUCCUUCUUGUAAUGAAAUGAAUCUUUGAAGGUAUUCUAAACCACUUUUCAUGAACCAGUGAAUAUUCAAAGAGAGCUAAAUCGGAAGCCUGUACAAAAAGCUUAUUAUCCUU